AUUAAUCGAUCAGUAAUUUGAAAAAAUAGUAAGGGCGUAAAUAAAACAGUAAAUAAUUCGGGAUAUUUUUUAUUGAAAGAUAUUUUACAUUAUUAUUUUUGAAUUUUUUAUUUUGGGUGUUCCUGUCAUCUUGAAACGUCACUGUCAAGUGUCAAAUCAAAAUUUUGAGGUUAUGCAAAUAAAAAUGUCAACCGUUUCGGUGUUUUGUUGUCUUCGGGGUUGUUUAGAUGGUUUCAAGUUUAACUCAACCGUUCCUCACAUCCCUCGCGAAAAUCCAAUUCAGUUAGAUACGGCGUUUAUGGGCUAUGAAGUUGUGAUAGUAAAAGGGGGCCAACGGGUUUGUGGGGCUGGUGCAGCCUUAGGCAACGCCCCUUUGGUCCAAUCAAAAUCUUACUUUGAGGUUAAGGUUCAACAAGGGGGCUCAUGGUCGAUAGGUCUGGCGACCAGACAAACUGAUCUUAGUUUAACCAAAGGAGGGAUGGACGAAUUCUCGUGGUGCCUUUGCAGUGACCACAUCAUUAGACACAAUAAACAAGAAUUGUACAAAAUAAACAUUUCAAAUGGUGCUUCUGGCGAAAUUGCUGGCAUUCAAGAGGGGGAUGUUGUUGGAGUGUCCUUUGACCACAUCCAGCUCAAGUUUUACGUAAAUGGAACUGAAAUAGAUUUUGGGGUAACUAACGUCAAAGGGACGGUCUACCCUGCUCUCUAUGUUGAUGAUGGUGCCAUCUUAGACAUAAUUCUAGACAAUUUUAAUUAUUCGCCGCCUUCAGGAUUUGAAAAAAUCAUGCUUGAACAAUCUUUGCUCUAAUAUAACGAUCAAGUGAUUCAUACAUCACAGUAUUUUUUAUACUAUUUAUAUUUUUUUAAUUAUUUAUUUUAUUUUAAUAGGUUUACGAACAAAUAAUAACAUUGAUAAAUGUGUAUAAAUGUGUAAGUCUUGAAUGUAUAUACUUAAUGUGAAAAAAAAAUCUCCAUCCAAUGCAUUUGUUUCCAGAAUAUCGUAAUAAUAAUAAUUAUAGUUAAAAAGACAGUUACGCUUUCUCUCAAAUAUUUAAGAACACGUUUCACAUAUCAUGUAAUGAAUUCAAUAAAAGUAUUCCAUCACUUGAAA